AUGGUGGUAUUUGUCGACCUCGACGAUGAAUUUCCCAAUGGAUCGGCGCCGGAGAAGCCAUUUCAGUUGAUGGUUGACCCCAAUUCGGCACCGGCCGAAUUAUCACCACUUAAAGGGUCCGAGGUCUCGAAACUAAACAUAAAUGGAUUCUCGGCGGCUUUGAGUUGUUAUCCUAUAAUCAAGGAGAUCGCUCGAGCCAUCGAUCUUACCACUCUUCACGCCCUUUCGAUUACAUGUCGUCAGUUCCAUGCAAAUCUGGCACCAUAUCGCCACCAAUUAGUGAGAGAGACUCUCCGGUGCGAAAAUGAGUAUAUCGAGACCCUAGCAGAUAUGCUAGACGACGGCGCUGUCCUCCCAGACAGUGUCAAAUCAGUCAUACAACUUCUGAGUCGGGGAACCGGCCAACCGGGCCGCAUGACUCGCGGGAAGGUGGGCAAAUGCGCACGCGACAUGGUGGGCGAAUGUCGCCGCUGCUCAAAGGUUGUCUGCAGAAACUGCACCAUCAAACCUCCUUCUAAAACCGCCCUCAAAAGCCGUGUUCGUCGACUCUGUCGACCCUGCGGUACUGCGCCCAUCUCCUCACAUCUCUCCCAGGCAUCCGAUCCACACCCAGACUCAUGGGACGAAGACAGCGUGGCAGCUAUAGCCUUCGCGCGGACCCCAUGCAACUGCGAAGAAAACGUCUGGCUGUGCACACAAUGUGGCCAGACGCUGCGCACUAACGACACGACCUACCGUCGAGUCUGGGCGUGGCGCACGCGAUACAGCACGUAUCUGGGCGGCGGGCUGGGCACGGGUAUUGGUGAAGGCUGCCAAGGUGUCAAGUGUGGGCGGGGCGAGAGCUGUCUCGCUGCGCAGAAGAUUGAGCUUGAAGUCGACUGCGAGGCUGAUGAGGGUUCGGGUAGUGACACUGGCAGCAUGGGGAGUCCUGCAGGCCAGUCGCAUCACCACGAGAGUGCUGUUUCCACAGAUAGCCAUGAUGACGAGCAGCCUGGGUAUUUCCGACAGGAAGUCAUUGGGUUAGGUGGUGUUGUUAAGCAUAAGUUUAAGAAGAGGGUCAAUAUUGGGGCUUGUGUUGUUGAGUAUGAGGAUGAGAGGGAGACGGGAGAUUAUCUUGUGCGCGAGGAGCAGGGGCUACAUCGGGCUUGGUGUGGGUGGUGUUCGAGGGUGAUCCCAGGGAAGAAUGAUAACCCUUGA